AGCAGCGACAACGACUCCGACGCCCAACCCUCUUUCUCCUUCCAACACCGACAACCGCCAUCAUGUCUGACAACGGAGAAAUCGAGGUCGAGAACCCCACCGGCAUUGCCAUCCUCCCCAAGGAGGUCACCGACGAGCAAGGCAGCGUCAAGCUGUUCAACAAGUGGUCCUACGAGGAGGUCGAAGUCCGCGACAUCUCAUUGACCGACUACAUUCAGAUCCGCUCCCCCGUCUACAUUUCACACUCGGCCGGCCGAUAUGCCGUCAAGCGAUUCAGGAAGGCCCAGUGCCCCAUCAUUGAGCGUCUUACCAACUCGCUCAUGAUGAACGGCCGCAACAACGGAAAGAAGCUCAUGGCUGUCCGUAUCGUUGCUCACGCUUUCGAGAUUAUCCACAUCAUGACCGACCAGAACCCCAUCCAGGUCGCCGUCGAUGCCAUUGUCAACUGCGGUCCCCGUGAAGACUCCACCCGUAUCGGUUCCGCCGGUACCGUCCGUCGCCAGGCCGUCGAUGUUUCACCCCUCCGCCGCGUCAACCAGGGUAUCUCCCUCCUUACCAUCGGUGCGCGUGAGGCCUCUUUCCGCAACGUCAAGAGCAUUGCCGAGUGCCUCGCUGAAGAGCUUAUCAACGCUGCCAAGGGAAGCAGCAACUCGUACGCCAUCAAAAAGAAGGAUGAGCUCGAGCGUGUCGCCAAGUCCAACCGAUAAAGGUGUGCAUUCUGGGUAUGUGUGUGCAUGGUGUCUCUGGAAGGAGUUUUUUCCAAUGGCUGCUCUGGUCGGAUUUUGAUCGGACGGGAUGGGGAUUCUUAUGCAUGGCACGGCUUCUCUAGGCGAAUAAGACCCCUUUCAUGGUUGCAUGACAAAAAUGAACAAUACGAUACCACGUUCAAAAGACCAAA